CCGCGUUCAGUUCGUUGUCGGUUGUGGCUGUGGCUGGACCGCACAGUUUCUGGAGUAAAAUUCGUGUAUAGUGUGGUGCUUUGCGUACAGCGUGUGUUCCGGCUCCCGGGAAGUAAAGGAAAAGAUCCUUGGACACAAUGGCGAUGCAGGUGUCGGGAGCGCGGAUGCCAACGCUAGCGUGGCUACUGUUGAGCUGCGUGAUGAUAGUGCAGGGAACAAUCGUUGGCCGGCUAACGGACGAUGUUGAGUUUAUCGAUCCGACCGCCGGGAUCGGACCGGGUGGAACCGCCAGUGGCAUCCCGUUCGGGCCGAGAGGUUUUCCAGGAUUCGAAAUACUGCCCAGACCGGAACCAUCGUGGAAGGCGGGCGCAACACUGGUGGCGGAUAAUCCGGAGCAACAGAUCAUGGGAACGAUCUCCUUCCGCCAGUGGGCCCCGGGACACGUCGAAACGGCCAUUAACGUAACGGGCGUUCCGGUGGGAAAGCACGCCGUUCACGUGCACGCGUUCGGUGAUAUGCGCGAGGGCUGCAAGUCCACGGGGCCUCAUUUCCGUAGCAGUAUUAUUGGCAACAUCGACGUGAAGGAUGACGGUAACGCGGUGAUCGAUUUCCACAGCCCGUACAUCAAUCUGUUCGGUUUCGCCGGCAUCGUCGGACGCUCGAUCGUGAUCCACGAAAAACCGUCCGAGAUCUACCGGUUUCCAGACCUGUCCAUCAACAACCCGGUAUCGUUCCAGGGCGAAGAGGACACGGUUGGUGGACGCAUCGCUUGCGGUAUCAUCACUAUCCUCGAUAACGUUGCGCCGUAGAACGUGGCAGUGUCGGUUGUUAAGAAAAUACAAACUGAGCAUGUUACUCUAAUCUCCGUUUGGUGUGAGUUUUUCGGUCUCGAAGAGGUAGCAGUUUAUUGAACAGUAAAACAACAAUUGUAACCAUAUUUAGGAGAGAAAUUUGGUAAUAUCAGGUGUACCGUAGGCCAGUUGCGCAGCAAUGCUCAUAACGGUUUCCAACUUUGCACUGAUGAAGUAUUCGCGCUUCAAGGCUUCCGAUACCAGUCGAAUAAGGCACAGUUUAUGGCAGAUCAACAGUGACAUACUAUGGGCUGUUGCUUCGUCCGGUUGCUUCACAAAUAA